GGGAUUUUUUGUUUUUGCUUUUUUAAAGGCAAAAAGCAGAGGAACCGAAUAGGUCACCGAGAAAGAUCCGAGCGUCUCUCUGACGGCAAACCACACCAGAGAGCACCUUGAGACACAGAGAGAGAUUCAGAGAAUGGGUUUCUUCUCUUUUCUUGGAAGAGUUCUCUUCGCUUCUCUAUUCAUCCUCUCCGCUUGGCAAAUGUUCACUGAUUUUGGAGCUGACGGUGGUCCAGCAGCUAAAGAGUUAGCUCCAAAGCUUGAUCUGACCAAAGCCCAUCUCUCUUCCAGAUUUGGAGUUGCGUUUCCCAACGUAGAGGUGAAACAAGUGGUAUGGACUAUUGCUGCUCUGAAAGGACUUGGAGGCUUGCUUUUUGUUAUUGGCAACAUCUUUGGUGCCUAUCUUCUGGCUGUCUACUUGGUGGUUGUCAGUCCAAUUUUAUAUGAUUUUUACAACUACGGACCAGAGGACCGCCAGUUCUCUCUUCUAUUGACUGAAUUCUUGCAGAGCGUUGCGCUUCUUGGGGCACUGCUCUUUUUUAUUGGAAUGAAGAAUUCGACGCCGACCUCGACCAAGAGGAUUGUGAAGAAGAGGACUCACAAGCCUAAAGCUGCGUAGAGUUCUUCCAUUCUCUUCCACAGACACAAGAACAGCUUCUGGUGUCUCCACUACCUUUAUUUUUCUUCCUUACAACUUUUUGUAGGAUUUUAAAAUUAGCCGUAUUUCGUAUUCUAUCUAUUCAUUAGUUUUGAUUUAACUUUGGGAUGUACGAGUUUUCUUUUGCUGAUUCAUACAAUUCUUUCCAGUGAUUUUUUAAAAUUGGGUCGAGAAAUUAUGUAUUUUUUGGGAUCAUCAUCCGUUAGAGCCGUGGGUUUGAUGACUCGUAAAUUUCAUUUUUUCUUCUU